AUGUAUACUCCAUAUGGAAAUGCUGCUAACAUGCAGCAACAGCAGCAACAGCAGCAACAAAACUUACAGCAUCCUCAACCUCAGCAUCCAUCAUUUCAACAACCACAACAACAUGCGCAGUAUGGUAAUAUGGGCCAGCAACCCCAAACACAACAAUCGGGACCAUAUGCUAACUUUUUCCAAGAUCCAGCAACUUCAAUGGCAGCCCAGUUAGCGAAAAAUAGUAUUGGAUCGUCAAAUCAAUAUUUACAACAAAAUUUUGGAUCAAUUAUAUCUGGAACUGGUGAUCUCAACUACUAUUUUAGAGUCAGUAACUCAUAUGUUUUUAGGAAGAUUUUGUUAAUAUUGUUUCCAUACAGAAAUAAGAACUGGACCAGGUUCACUGCCGAAAAUACUGGGACUUCAGGCAACACUACAAGUGUUGCAUUCGCUCCCCCAAGUCAGGACAUAAAUGCACCCGAUUUAUAUAUCCCACUAAUGUCCUUCAUAACAUACAUUUUGUUGUGGGCCGUGUUUCAAGGAUUGAAGGGUGACUUUCAUCCUCAAUUGUUUGGGUAUUUGGCGUCACAAACGUUAGCUUGUUCCUUCUUGGACAUCUUGAUAUUUAAAGUCGGACUCUACUUGUUGAAUUGUUCUACUCAAAGCUCAUUAUGGGAUUUAAUCAGUUUCAGUGGCUACAAGUAUGUGACAAUUAUUACUUUGCUUUGUUGGAAACACUUAAUCGGUGGUAGCUGGAUGGUGUACUACGGAGUGGUUGUAGUCUUCACUACGAGUUUAGCAUUGUUCUUAAUGAGAUCAUUGAAAUUCUUGGUCUUACCUUCGGCAAACACUGCUGCUGGAAGUUCUGCAAGUAACAGUAUAUCCAGUAAGCAGAGGAAGAUUAGAAUUCAAUUCUUAUUUGUUUAUGCUGUUGUAUUCCAAUUUCUCAUAGUUCUUUUUAUGAGUAGAUAG